ACUGGCAGCUGAAUGCCAGAGUGCUGGCUACCCAGGGACCCUCAUCCCGUACAAGUGUGAUCUCUCCAACGAAGAGGAGAUCCUGUCCAUGUUCUCCGCCAUCAAAACCCUUCACCAAGGAGUUGACGUCUGCAUCAACAACGCGGGGCUGGCGCGCCCGGAGCCCCUGCUCUCGGGGAAGACGGAGGGCUGGCGGACGAUGAUCGACGUCAAUGUGAUGGCUGUAAGCAUCUGCACCCGAGAGGCUUACCAGUCCAUGAAGGAGAGAAACAUUGACGAUGGGCACAUCAUUAACAUUAACAGCAUGAACGGCCACAGUGUUGUGCCACAGUCGGUGGUGCAUUUUUACAGUGCCACCAAGUAUGCAGUCACAGCCCUCACGGAGGGGCUGAGGCAAGAGCUCCGAGAAGCCAAGACCCAUAUACGAGCGACAUGUAUAUCUCCAGGACUGGUGGAAACGGGAUUUGCUUUUAAACUUCAUGAUAAUGACCCUGAGAGAGCUGCUGCAACCUACGAGAGCAUUCGGUGUCUCAAAGCCGAAGACAUGGCUAACGCUGUCAUAUACGUCCUCAGCGCCCCACCCCAUGUACAGAUUGCAGAUAUACAGAUGAGGCCCACGGAGCAGAUAUCAUAGCAAACGAAGGAGCGGCAUGAGCAGCACCAUGUAUCCACUCCACUUCGAACCCUCUGGCAAUUUAGGGUUUCGUCGGCUGGCUAGCAACGUUUUAAUCAAGUACCAAGGAUCACGUUUGAAGAAUUAUUUUUCUCUCCCUCUCUCUGAGCUGGUGCUGGUGCUGAGCCAGUUUCAAAAGAAAUAGUAGUGGGUCUGUUUCUUCCCCACUCCUUUCUGAAACUGCUAAAGAGUAAAAUGUAUUUGGAAAUAAUGCAGGGAAGUGGUUUGUG